AUGGACGGCGACUCAGACGCCGAGAGCCCGCGAGGCUGGCGAGAGCGGAGGAACUCGACACUGACGGCCAUUUCUCUCCUCCAGCUGGAUCCUGCGCCCAUGGACUCAGACCCGGACACACCGACAGAAGAAAAGAAGCCAAUCGACUCGUUGGACGCCGACGGCACCGCGGAAGGCAGUGCGGGCAGCAUCAAGACUGGCUCGACCAUGGCGCCGGGGUUGAGUGGCAGUGGCCGAGGCGCCAUCUAUUAUUUGAGCCGGAUGCAAAGGUACUCCAGCUAUGCCGUGUCGGUAUUCACCACCAUGCACCUUGCCAAUGUGUCCCUCAUUCCCGCGGUUACACGAAGCGUGGCUGGCUCGGAGACUUACCUGCUCAUGGCCCGAGAACUCUACCAGACGCCCAUCACGGAGCCGUUGCUGGUUGGGCUGCCGGUGCUGAUGCACAUCGGCUCUGGCAUUGCGUUGCGUCUUCUGAGGAGGUCCCAGAACAUUGAGAGAUAUGGCGGGUCAACGCCCGGCAUGUAUGCCAUGAUGCGUUCGUCGACUGCUUCGCCUCGGCCGUCGGUUCAGCUCUGGCCGCCGCUCAGCUGGAUCUCUUGGUCUGGAUACGUCUUGCUUGCUUUUUGGGGGGCGCACGUCGUGAUGAACCGAGUCUUGCCGCUAGUGGUGGAGGGCGACAGCUCCAACAUUGGCCUAGCCUACGUCUCUCACGGCUUCGCGAGGCACCCCAUCAUUGCAGCUACCGCCUACAGGGGCUUGAUUGGGAUGGGAUGCGCCCAUAUGGUCUGGGGACUGGCCAAGUGGUUCGGGAUUGCACCGUCGACAAAGGGCUGGUGGGGAAGCGAAGCAGUCACGGUUGAUAAGAAGACCAAGCGGCAACGCAGACGCCAGUGGCUGGGAGUCCAGGCCGCAGUAGUGGCAGCAGCUGCAUUGUGGGCGGUGGGAGGACUCGAGGUUGUUGCAAAGGCUGGGCCGUCGGACGGAUGGGUUGGGAAGCUAUACGACGAUCUCUUUGCCAGAGUCCAGCUGUGA